UUGCAUGAGGUGUGUUUUACAAUAGAGAGAGCGAAUGAUUGAGUGUUACGUUUGUGUAUUGCGUUAUUUAAGCCUGAAAAUUUUCAUAUAAACAGAUGUUGUGAGGCUAACUUUCAAUCAUGCUCGCCACGAUACUGUUUGAUAAGGUUAGCUGGAACUGUCAAAACGAACUGUCAAUGUGUUCUCAAGAGCAGCAGUUGCGGCCGAAGCCGCUCGUGUACAAAAAAAGUCUCAAGUAUCACCAUUGGUCGAAAGAAUAACGUCUUCAGAAUAUGAAAUAAACCAAAGGGCAUAUAUUUUGCAAAUACUGUAUUUUAAGAAAUAUUUCGAACACAAGACAUAAAAGAUGCAUCCAGAGUGUAAAAAGUUAGGUCUUCCACUUGAUGAGGAUCACAGUCAUUGUCAGACCUGCAUUAAAGUUAAAGAAUGCAAAGCAAAAGGACUGAGAACUGAGAAAUGUGGUAUUAUUGACUGCCCAAAUGAUUGUGGAUUUAUGUUCCACAAGUGCAAAACGUCAGAACAUUUACUAUUGUGUCUGAAUUUAAGAGUUCCUUGCAUUAAUUCUGGAAAUGGGUGCCCAUUUACCAUGCCUCGCAAAGAGAGGGGAAAACACUUGGAGACUUGCCCUGCCAGUGUCGUCGUGUGUACAGUGGAAUGGAACCGUUGGCCAACAUGCAAGAUGAAAGGACCACAUUUGCCUCGACAAUCACAUAAAUCAGGACAACUAGAUGCCGAUUUAGCCCAAAGUGAUGAGCGAGCCUUAGUAAAGUCAUUUGAAAAUCCCAUGUGGAAAAGACAGUACCGACACUGUUGUAAUAAUUUCUUCCCAGCCAUUCCUGUAUCAAAGGAGAAGGAUGGUAUUGAGCUCGUUUUCAAUGACACACAAGAUGGACUUUCUUCACAGGAGAGCUCUCCAGCUGUUCCUGUAUCGAAACAAAUUGAUUGCAAUGAAGGAACUUUUGUUGAGGCUUUAGAUGGUUCAUCUUCUCCAGAAAAAUCUAUAGGUCAGCUGAACACCAGCAGCAGCGAUGAUGUUACUGAAUUUGAGUCUGAUCAAGAGCAAUGCAGUUCUUCCACAAACAAAAGAGUCUAUAAUUUUGUGUCAAAUGAGACACCAGUUUCCAGUACAUCAUUGUCAAAUAAUAUUGAGGCAGAAGCUGUGGAGCAGCACAGUAAUGCAAAUGAAAAUGGUAUUGAUACUUUUUCAGAGAUUUCUUCAGUUGUUCUGCCUUUGUCGUUUUCAUUAAGUCUUACCAUUGAUAGACUCCCAAGAAGUCAGAGCAAACCAAUGGACAUAUACACAUUCUUAUGUGCUCAGGAGUUCAGACGAGAUGAUUAUGGUUGGCACUAUAAGAAUGUACACUGUGAUAUUCAAGGUGGAUUGGAUGGAUGGGUGGAAUAUCGUUGCCCAUUAGCACAGUAUGGCUGCACAUACAGUAUUAAAAGAUUGCACCCAUGUAAGUUGGGAGCAUCUGUGAUUCACAGUGAAGAGCUUGAAAGUUUUGGAUUCAAGGAGACUGCUAACAGCAUUGAAGAAUCACAUUCAGAUUCUGACCAACAGCAGCUGCAUUUGGCUGAACUGCCAUUUGAGUUACUGAGUCAAAUAUGCUUAUACUUGGACUCAUUCAGCUUGUGCAAUCUCUCAAAGACCUGUCGUCGCCUGAGAAGUGUAUGUUUCUCUCGUCUGAAAGAAAGAGGCAUAAUUUUGCAGCAGUGGAACAAAAUUUUAGUCAAUGGAAGAGUUUCUUGGGUGACCAGCAAAGUGAAAUGGGUAUUCAGUACUGCAUUCAGCCCUAUUGAGGGCUGGGUUCACACAAACUCAGGAAAUAUGUCUGACCAUUUACAUCACUGUGCUUAUAAUGUCAGACAUUCGUAUGAUGAGCAGUAUUAUCGAGUAAUACCACAUGAGCUAACCCGCCGAAUAGAACUAAAAUGUUCCACCCAAAACGUAACGUUAACACACAUAGAGAACGUGUGGUGAUGCAGUAACUCAGUAUAUCUUGUAUGAGAGGAAUAUGGAUAUCAUCAAACCUCGCAAGUGUGACAUCUCCAUUUAGAAGUUGGUUCAGAAGCACCAAACUUCUUUUGUGGCUUCAUUAAAGUUUUCCAUAUGUGUCCCUGUCUUUAAGCAUCUAAUGACAUGACAAGAUCAAAAGAAAAUAGUAUGACGUAUACUGAUGGAGAUGGAAAUGUGAAGACUUUUUUUCAGUACUAAGAUAACUACUGCCUACAGUAAAAGUUUAAUUAAUGCACUGCCCAGGUUUUACAUUUAAUAUUGGAUAUUCCUUGUUAUUUAUUUCUUACUAUGGCAACAUAGAACUGAAUUAUAAAGUUCCUUGUACUACCCUUUUUUAACAUUUUUAAAAAAUUUUUUAUAAUGUGCAAUGUUGACAUUUUUCUUUGUAAUGAAGGAAUUGUGAUGUGCAACAUAUAGUGAAACUAACCUUCUCAACAUUGAAUUAUGUGCAACCAUGUGAGUCAGAUUUGGUUCAUAGGUAAAGCACAGUCCUUUUUCUUUACUUUCUGUUGAGAAAGAGCACUGCCUAAAUAGUACUUACUGUUGCUAAAUAGGUUGUUGCUGCUGAUUUAUGAACAUAUAUUGCACAGUAUGUUGUUCUAAUUUUUUAUUUCUAAAAUAUGUUAUUAGUAUCGAUUUAUUAAAUUGAAUUUAUUCCUGUUACAGGCACAUUUGAAAGUUUCCAGAACUGUCAAUUUCAAGACUGGUUCUGCACAGCCAUCCUAUUUUGUUUUCAGAUUCCUAACACCACCUCAAUGUAUUUAAUAGGUGCAGGACUUUUUUAUGUUCCUUACUCAGUGAUGCUUCCAGUUAAUGUUUGUAGCUUUUGUCAGUUACUUCUCUGUCUCAGUAUUUCAGUCAAGCUUUCUUUAAGAGAUAAUUCAUUUUAUUCCAGUUUACAAUUCCUAAAGCUUUCUUCAAAUUUUUGUGUCAUAAAAGUCUCUCCAUUACAAUUAACUGUAAGAGUGUUUGCUUCCUAAAAGUCUUUACUUUUUAUAUGGCCUAAGAAAUUGUUCUCCAAUAUCAGUCUCAGUUUUCUGUGCAUUAAACUGACAAAGAGGUGACAGCUCAUUUCAUAAAUUUCACACGUAGGGGGUUCAUGUUCUUUUCUAAGCAUGGUGAUCAUUGAAAAUUUGAUAGUACAUUUCUUGUUUAAUAGAUUAUGGACAGAGAAAGAAUAUUGCAAAAUUUCUUAAUAUGUUCAUAGUUCUACUAAAAGUUUUCCACUUUCGUUUCUUUGCUCUUAUUGUUCAUUUAAUUUUCAACGGUUUGAGCCACUGGUUUCUUUUGUAUGGAGGUAUUCUUAAUUCAGGUAAUAAAAGAAAUUUUGAUUUUGUAAUUACAAAUUGCAAAAUGAUUGAAGUUUUAAAAGUUGUUUAAAAUAUCUGUCCCAUAACAAUCUAUCUCAGUCUUUAAGGAUUCUUCUGUCCCAUAACAAUCUAUCUUGGUCUUUAAGGAUCUAAACAGCAAUAUUAGAUCUAAUCAAAGAUAAUGUAAAGUGUUUCUCUAAUGGGCAUGAUUUUAUGUAUGCAGUCAGGCAUGAAUUUGCCCAAAAAGUGUGGACCCAAAUCCCCAUCUCACCAUUGUGAUUGAAGUAAUUACCAUUAUGAUUUCUAUAAUAUUCAUGGCCAGUUUUCUUCUUCUUCACCCAACAUAGCUUGAGCUAAACUUUAGUGUCCACAGAAUAUGCAUUUAGAUUGUUGAGCAUAACAUUAAAGGAUAACUGAUUCCUUCCUACUAUCCUGCGGAAGUGGUGGUGCUACCAUUUUACAAGUGCUUUAAUACAGCCAUGGUUCCACAAGGUAAAACAUGUUACUUGUUUCUGAUGUGAUAGUUAUACACCGAUUUUUGUGACAUGAUCAAUUAAAAUGCAGCAAACAUCAAUAGAUACAAAAAGCAGCAUGCCAGAACAACUUAAUACCUCUGAGACUAAUAAGUACAGAAAACUGACUUGAUAUUAUUAGUACUAGGACAGUGAGUAUUGCAUUGAAGAUAGAGAAAGUAGGGCUGAUCAAGAGCUGAAAACUAUUAGACUAUUUCAAAUUAUAUUGGAAAGUGUAUCACAGCUUAUUCAUUGCUUAUUCUGUAAAACAAUGGGCAAAGCAUAUUAAUAGAGCUGUCUUAUGCUAAAGGAAAUUAGAGAAGUGGUAUACUGAUUGUGUAAUUUAAACAAUAAAAUUGUAGCUGAUUAUAAAAUAGCAUUGCCAGUAACAGAAAACAUUUGCUAAAAUAUUAAUUCAUUGCUUAAAAGAAAAGAAAAGAAAAGAAAACAACAACACAGGUGCAGAUAUUUAAAAAUAAAGAAUAAAUAUUGAAAAUAGAUUGUACGGCAUUGCUUGUAGUGCUCUGACAGACUCUACAUAAUGGCUGACAUUGUAUUGUAAUGUGACUCAUUUGCAGUGUUUGUAUCAUUGUUGUUGACAUAAUAUCAAAAACAGCAUUUGGGUUGGUCCCUGUGUACACAUUGAAGUCGCACAUCUGUUUUACCACACACUAGUUUUUCCAUCUUCUUUUAAGAUUCAGCAAGAUCUUUUUCUCAGUAAUUUAAUCAAAAACAUUAUUUAUUUAUUGAAAUUUUCAGUGAUCACUCAUUUCCAAUUCUUCAAGGAUGUCCAGUAGUAGUCUGUCACUAGCUCUAUGCAAGACGUUGGAAGUUAUGCUGUAGGUUUGCAGCAAUAUGUUUCUCUUUUUUUUUUCCAUAUGACUAUCAACUGUUUUAUACUGAAAUAAGAUCUGAGCACUUACACUACUCAAGAGUGUACUGUUUCUCUAAUUUGGUUUAGAAUUUUUUUCAUUGUUUUAGCCAAGAAAAAUGUGCACUGUAUGAUAUGUGCUCACAUAGAAUGUACUGCAAUUUCAUAGCUCUAUGCCCCUGCUCCUUUUACCCUUCUCCACUCCUUCCCAUUUUAAUGGGAUACUUACUGCCAUUCAUGACAGUAAUGAUUUCUGCUUGGUUUGCUGUAGUGAUUUGCCUCAAAUGUAUUGAAAUGCUGUUGUAUAAGUUGAUGUUUUGCACGUUUAUGACAAAUCACAAUUUGACAAUUGGCGUAAUAGCAUCACAUCAGAAGAUGUCUAUAACCAGCUGAAAUUAAUAAUGUAGGCCUAUGGGUUGCUUUGAAUAACUGUGAUUGAAUAAAAACUUUGUAAAAUGUACUUAAGAGAUUACUGCACUUCAUUAGGGAAUGCAAAUGUUUAUUAUUGCUGUGCUAGUUUCUAGUGACCAUACUAUCAAAAAGAACAGAGUUGUUGGUGUAUUACCAUAUGGUAUUCCAUCACAAAGCAAAGAAAAAUAAAUUUUUAUGAGUUGUAGAGGUAACAAGUAUAUGAGACACCAUAUUUUAUGAAGAAUUUAUAUCAACAGUUCCUUAUUUUCUGUAACUUUAUGAAAGAUAGUAAAUUGAAAAUGAUGGUUUCACUACAGUCUGUAAGGUACAAUUAAUUGAGUGCCAAGUAUUAAUUAAUUCUGCUGUUCUUUCCCUUAGCAUUUCACUGUCAAUUACUUUGCUGUGACAGUUGACUGUAGGAUUGCAAAUCUUCAAAAGUAGCUAUAAGUAUCACAUACUAGUGCAACAAUAUUGAUUAUAAUUGUUUCUGAAGAGGAUGAGUCAUUUCAUUUCCUUGCUAUUGUGAUCCAUUCUCAUGAGUCAGUGGUGUGGGAAACAUAGUUUAAAAUACCAUUAAAAAUGUCCACUAGAACCAAUUGAAACUAUUAACGAUAUUGAAUUCGUUUCCUCAGUACAUGUCUUCUACUCUUUGAACAUCUUUUACUUUAUAUGGGACAAGGCGGAGUUCCCUACAAACUACCUUGUGUACAGUUACAAAGGUGAUAUUUUUAUGCCGUGCAAAUAUAUGUAAGGAGUUGUUAGGUUUGAAAGCAAGUGGUAUAUCUUGUAGUUUUUCCUUAAAUGUCAAUGGUCUCAGGACUUAUCUUUUUUACUGAUCAGGUUUCUUUUUUUUUGUGUGUACUCAUUAUAUUCAUAAGUGAUACACCAAAUAAGAAAUAUUUGUUAUAACAUGAACACCAUUCUGAGUACACACAAAAUAAUGUUCAUUGUGUUCCACAACCAAUCAUUGAAUGUGGCCAACAAGAACACAAGUUCUUAGCCCAAGGUCACCAUUUUUGACCAGAUUGUGGAAACAAAUUGUAGCAAAUGUUGGAUUACUAACCCUUCCAAAAGAUGGUAUUUGAAGUUAAUGAAAUACAGAAUACAGUAUCCAGUCACUCAAUUCGUUAUCAUUUUUAUAGGCAUGUAAACACUGUUUGAAUGAGGAUUCUUACAAAGCUGUUCACACCUGUGUUUUCAGAAGAUACAAUAUAAGAAAGAGCAACUUUUAUACGUAUCCUCAUUUAUACAGUCCAUUAAAUAGAUAAAUCUCUCUUUUGUGUAAUCCAGUACUGAUUAAGGUGAGCCUACAGUUUUAUAAAUUAUGACAGAUCAAUAAAGUUAGUCAGGGAAUCAUCUUUCUCUGGUUCAAACAUUCCAUUCAUCAUAAACUGGUAAUAAAUCUGCUGAUGAUGAACUUAGUGGGAAUUGUAGGAGCAAUAGUGGUUUUCUCUACAUUAUAUGGCAGCUGCUAGAGGGUGAUGUGAAUAACCUCACACUUCAGGCAGCAGGAAUCAUUGUUUCUCUCUCUCUCUCUCUCUCUCUCUCUCUCUCCC